UCUUUCUCUUGAAGAAAUUUUGACGGUGUCUUUAUGCUGUCUUUUUUGUAUAUGUUCUGGGAAUCCAAAAUGAUCUCUCUGAUAGGAGCACAAUCAACUUAACCCAAAGGAUGAAUGGAUGAAUGAGAAAAUGGGAGUUGCUCUUUUUUCAGGCUCAUCUGACUUGAGUGAGAUGGAAGAGGCUGAGAUUGAAGUAAUCAAGAAGCAUAAGGCAGAACUGCUGGAGGACAUUCAGAGGCUAAAAGAGGAGAUUGCUGAAGUAUUUGCAGAGAUAGAUCAUUUCCAGCAGUCACAAUCCAGCAAACUAAUCCAGAGGGAUAAAGACCUGUGCACAGGAAGAAAGAAAUUUAACAUGGACCCAACUAAGGGGAUCCAAUAUCUGACUGAGCACAAAGUACUGUCCUCAGAUGUUCAAGAAAUUGCCAAAUUUCUUUACAAAGGAGAAGGCCUUAACAAGACAGCCAUUGGAGAUUAUUUGGGACAGAGGGACCCAUUGAACCUCCAGAUUCUUCAGGCCUUUGUAGAGUGCCACCAAUUUGCCAACCUCAAUCUAGUGCAAGCAUUAAGGCAGUUCCUGUGGAGCUUCCGGUUGCCUGGAGAGGCACAGAAAAUUGAUCGUAUGAUGGAAGCUUUUGCCAACUGGUAUUGUCAGUGCAACCCAGGGGUUUUCCAAUCAACAGACACCUGCUACAUCCUCUCCUUCUCCAUCAUUAUGUUGAACACCAGCCUGCAUAAUCCCAAUGUCAAAGACAAGCCCCCCUUUGAGAGGUUUGUGUCCAUGAACAGAGGCAUCAACAAUGGAGCGGAUCUGCAGGAACCGCUGUUAAGGAAUUUGUUUGAUAGUAUCAAGAACGAACCGUUCUCUAUCCCAGAGGAUGAUGGGAAUGAUCUCACCCACACUUUCUUCAACCCCAGCCGGGAAGGCUGGCUCCUUAAACUAGGGGGCAGAGUGAAGACCUGGAAACGGCGUUGGUUCAUUUUAACGGACAACUGCUUGUACUAUUUUGAAUACACCGCGGAUAAGGAGCCUCUGGGGAUUAUUCCCCUGGAAAAUCUUUCUGUUCGGAAAGUAGAUGACCCGAAGAAACCAAACUGUUUUGAACUUUUUAAUGCAAACUGCAAAGGACAGAAGAUCAAAGCCUGCAAAACUGAUGGGGAUGGGAAGGUGGUUGAAGGCAAGCACCAAUCUUACAAGAUCUCUGCAGCCUUGCCAGAGGAGCGUGACCUAUGGAUUGAAGCAAUAAGAACUAGCAUUACUCAAGAUCCCUUCUAUGAUCUAGUUGCAGCUCGUAAGAAAAAGAUCGCCAGCAAAAAAUGAUCCUCUUGCAUACUAUCCUGUUUUGCUGAUAUUCAACUUCCAGGAAAUGAUUUCCUUGGAGUUUUGCCAGCAACUUCCUGAAGGAAACAGAAAUAUGACUGAUAGGCUGGUGAACUGGACUUCCCUUUUCUAUUCCCAGGGCUAGAAUCUGAAGACAUGGACACCAUUUUCAGGAACUGCAGCUCUCUUGUGUGUCUAGAGAAAGAGAAAAACAUUAGUCAGCUUCUGAAUUUCCUCUGACAUUUUUAUGCAUCGUACAAAGCCGGGAUGGAUGCUUGCAAUUCCUUUAUCAUAGAUCUGGGUCUAUAUUAGCAGUUCAAAAGGCACUCAGGAAAGCGAUGCAGCUGCCAUGUCUUUAUAUUGAAAGAACUGAGACAAGUAGAUGGACAUGUUCUUGAGUGGAUGGUCAUUUAACUCCCUAACAAGGCAGGAGAAGCCUGCUUGCAUGGAAUCCUCUCUUUAGAGAUCUCCUAAAUAAUGAUACAGCUUUGAGUGUUUCCUAGCAUGUAGUACAGGAUGAAGAAAUGAAUGACAAAGGACAGUAGUCACUUGGUGAGGUGAAGGAAAAUGAUGCACCGUGGUGGGGUUUGGCAAGAGGAAGAGCUUCUGUAUUAUUGGCUCAUGGAGCUCGGCACAUAAUUCUUCUGUAUGUGUGAACUGCUGCCAACCAAGGUGACUUUAAUGCUGAACUGUGGGUUCUCAGGACAGAACCUUCCAGCCAUCUUGGCUCUGAAAUGACAGUUCAGGGAGUGGGCAGUUCUAGCUGGCCACCUCAUCAAUGCUUGGAGCAGACAAGAAAAAUGGUUAUUAUAGGUAUUGAUAAUAUAUUUAAAGGCCACGCCUUCCCGUGGAUCAAGAAUUGAGGUUUGGUCUGGGAGGCUUGCGUUCAGAUCCCAUUUCUGCUACAACACAGGAUGUGUCCUCAGGCAACUUGUUCUCUAUUGGCCUGCCUUGGUUUCUCAUCUGUGAAAUGAGCAUUAAGAAAUAUCCUCCUCCUGCACUGGGAGCAAACCUGAUAACUACUCUGUAAAGCUCUUUGUGAAGCAGAAAUGCUAUGUAAAUGACACAUGGGCCGGGGGGUGGGGGUGGGGGGCAGGAAUAGUUGGCAUAGAAUGGUAAAAAAAAAACAUUGUUUGGAAAAAAUCAAAAACAAAAUUAUAUAAAAAUAUUUAAUGCAUGAACACACAAACACACUCACAGUCAAAAGGAUGGACAAACGCCAAUGAGAAAAAAAUUAAAACGUGGGGGAAAACAUCUUGUAGCCUUUUACACUUUCAGAUUGGUUUUGUUUAUCAACACCAAACAGAAGCAGUCGGCAUGCUGUGUUGCUGUGGUUCUCAUUCCUUUUCCUUUCCCUGUAACUUAACAGCCUGCAAGCCAUACGUCAAAGUAUU